AUGUCAUCAUCUUUUAACAAGACACUCAAAGUGAAUUGUUCCGCCAGCGAGCCUCUGAAGGUCAUGAUAUCAGGCGCACCUGCUUCCGGCAAAGGCACGCAAUGUGAAUUGAUUGUCCAAAAGUUUGGAUUGGUGCACAUAUCAACAGGGGAUUUGCUAAGAGCAGAAGUGGCAGCUGGGACUGAAAUUGGGAAAAAAGCGAAGGAGUUCAUGAACGCGGGUCACCUGGUUCCUGAUGAAAUUAUGGUGGCAGCACGAUUGUCUCGUGAAGAUGCUAAGCAAAACGGGUGGCUUCUUGAUGGGUACCCUCGGAGUUUGGCUCAGGCCCAGAGUCUGGAAAAAAUGCAGAUACGACCCGAUGUGUAUAUAGUAUUAGAUGUAUGUCAAACGUUUAUAGUUCCUGAUGAAAUUCUGAUCGACAGAUGUGUUGGCAGAAGGCUAGACCCAGUGACAGGGAACAUAUACCAUCUAAAAUUUUUUCCACCGGAGACUGAAGAAAUUAAAGCAAGGCUGAUAACACGACCUGACGACACUGAAGAGAAGGUCAAAUCUCGCCUAAACAUAUAUAAGCAAAACGCAGAAGCCAUAUCUUCCUCUUACUCGAAUAUAACUCAUAAGAUUGAUGGCGGCCAUUCAAAAGAAGCAGUUUUUAAAGAAAUUGAAUCUUUGUUAUCUCAAUUGCAGCAGGAUAAAGUGAAAAUAAUAAAAUCUGGAGAAAAAUCAAUUCUUGAUACAAAGAAAGGACGGACAUCUUUGAGCCAGGAUAAGUGGAGAGGGAUUCCUACUAGACUAAACAACAUUCCUCAUUCUCGAGAAAUCAGGAAAUAUUUCUAUGACGAUGUGCUACAAGCUACCGAGAGGGCAAUAAAUGAUGGUAAAACUAGGUUGAAGAGCAUUAUUGAUAAAUAUGGCCCUUUGGAGGAUGUAAUUUUGAAGGAGGCAUUGGUUUAUCUUGACAUUGCACUAUUAGAAAGAGUUUUGGAAGGAAAAGGAAAAAUUGAAUUGGCAAUUGCAAGAGAUGGAUGGCAAAUUCGAACCUUCAUAUCAACUGGGGAGAUUUCUAACAGCUGCAACCUUGAAGCAAACAUGGGAUUUUCUACUGAUCUGAAAUCUGAACUUAAAGCUUUGGUAAAACACUUUAUCAUGGAUAAUAGAUGGGACGUUCCCUUUGAAAUUAGUUACAAAAGUGUUGAUCAUAUGGAGGCUGUCAAUCAAGUGAUCUUGCCUAAAAUUGAAACUCCUGAUAUGCUAAAGUGGAAUCACUCUGCUGAUAGAGAAUUUAGUCUAAAAGAAACAGCUGGUUGUGGAGGUAUUCUUGGAGAUUUGAGGGCCAUGGUAGUUGGCUGCUUUACUUCUUUUCUUGGUGCUAAAAAACAACAGCAUUACGCCUUGGAGGAUCAGAUAUUGGUGGUUGACUGUAUGAAAGCAGUUAAAGAUUUGAACAUUCAUUUACCCGUGUAUUUAGAGAGGGUUGACAUAGUGAGUCUGGUUGACAUCAACAUUCCUGAACUGAACCCAGAAAUGGAUGUUUAUCGAAUAGGUACCUUGAUGGAACUUGUUCGAGCUCUUGCCCUCUCUUUUGCAGAUGAUGGGAAACGGGUGAAGGUUUGUGUACAAGGGUCGAUGGGUGAUGGUGCUCUUGCUGGAAUGCCAUUGCAGCUUGCUGGAACUCGUAAGAUUUUAGAGUUCAUGGACUGGGGUGAUUAUGGAGCAAAAGGAACCUUCAUCAAUAUUGGUUCUAUAGGUGCUGCUGAGGUUGAGGAGCAAGAUGACAUGUAUAUCUUAGUGGCUCCUCAAAAUGCUGUGGGGAAUUGUAUUAUUGAUGAUCUAAGAGCGAUGACCAAUGCUGCUGAACACAGACCAGUUAUUCUAAUCAAUGCUAGGCUUAAGGAUUUGCCUGGUUCUAGUGGUAUAAUGCAAACAAUGGGGAGGGACCAGAGGCUCAAGUAUGCGGCAUCUUUCGAAAGUUGUUACCUCUUUCGACUUCUGUAUUAUGCAGGAACCCAGUAUCCCAUAAUGGGAGCUAUCAGAAUGACUUACCCAUACCAAUAUGAGCUGUACAAGAGGGUAGAUGAAUCACCUGGGAAGGAGAAGUAUGUUAUUUUGUCUACAUUUUCGCAGAGGCCUACUACGGAUGAAAUUAAUGAUGCUUUCCAAGGAAAACCAAGUAAGGAAUCUAGGAAAACCUCAGGGAUUUGGUUAGGGCUUCUUGAGUGGCAUACUCUGAGCAGAUUGGAAAACAAUGGGAAAGUGCCUAAGUCUCUUAUUUUCUUACUUAUAUUUGAAGAACGAUCUCAAUCAGCUGCUUGA